AUGAAAAGCAAGAAAUCUUCACAUGCUGGAGCCUCUUUCCUUCUGAUAUCAACCAUUUUCUUGUUUUUCUUGUCACGACAAGCAAGUUCGUACCAAAUGCUCAUAUGUUCGGGUUUGAGCACAUCAUGUUCUGAAUGCAAAGCAGAGUGCGAGUCAACUUAUGGAGCAUUAUGUAUAAAAGAAAAUUCCAAAUCCGAUCGUCUAUUUUGUUGUUGCAAAAAAAGUCCGCCUCCAUCGUAUUAUGGUCCCAUAGAAGCUCCUUCUUUGUAA